AUGUCUGACCUCGCCGUCUCCCCGGUGGAGCAGCCGGUCAUCAACACAUCACUUGAGCGCCGUCAUUUCCUGGAAGGCUGGAACGCGGCCGACUUCGAUGGCCUCAAGUACUCGUACGGCCUGACCGGUGUCGACCAGGAUGGCAACUUCUUGUGGGUCGACACCUUCCUGUACAUGCUGGUGGGCAUGUCGAUAAUACUGUUGGGCCUGCGCAUCGCUAACAUGUGGUGGCGCCACAACCGCCAUCUGACCGUUAUGGGCAACCCAUCGCGCCAGGCGUACUGGGCCACUAACCAGACCUCGUGGUGGCCCUGGCUCAACCGCCACCUCCUGCAGGCGCCGCUGUGGAAGAACAGGCACAACGCGCAGUUCCAGAUUAGCAGCGCCAUUGACAACGGAACACUCCCAGGAAGAUGGCACACCAUCAUGCUUGUGAUUUACGUCGGCCUCAACAUCGCAUGGUGCGUCGCGCUGCCGUACAGCGUCCUCGACCACAAGGAGACCAUUGCCUCGCUGCGUGGACGCAGUGGAACUCUGGCCGCCCUCAACCUAAUCCCCACAGUCCUCUUCGCGCUCCGCAACAACCCCCUCAUCACCCUCCUCCAGGUCUCGUACGACGACUUCAACCUCUUCCACCGCUGGGCCGCUCGCAUCACCAUCCUGGAGGCCAUCGUCCACACCAUCGCCUGGAUGUACAACACCGCUGACGGCGGCGGCUGGCAGGCAGUCUCCAACGGUCUCGCUCACGAGGGCUCCUACGGCUGGGGAAUGGUCGGCACUAUCGCGUUCACCAUCAUCGGCAUCCAGGCGUGGUCGCCCUUCCGCCACGCCUUCUACGAGACCUUCCUCUCCAUCCACCGCCUGAUGGUCAUCGUCGCCCUCGUCGGUCUGUGGAAGCACCUCGAGCUCCACUCCCUGCCGCAGGUGCCGUGGAUGUGGCUCAUCUUCAUCUUCUGGGGCGGCGAGUGGUUCUGCCGCCUCCUGUCCAUGACCUACUACGGGCUCUCGCUUAAGCAGCGCUCGCGCGUCUCCGUCGAGGCCAUGCCCGGCGAGGCCGUCCGCGUCACCAUCGACAUGGUCCGCGAGUGGAACCCCCGUCCCGGCUGCCACGUGCACAUCUGGGUGCCCGCGCUCGCCGGCCUGCACAGCCACCCCUUCUCCGUCGCGUGGGCGCCGACCCUCACCGCCGACUCCAAGGAAAUGACGCUCCCGAUCCUCGAGGGCGCCGCGCAGUUCACCCCCGGCAAGCAGCAGAAGUCGAAGCAGAUCUCGCUCAUCUGCCGCGCGCGCACAGGCCUGACGCGCAAGAUGUACGAGCGCGCGUGCAAAUCCCCCAACGAGACCUUCUCCACCUGGGGCUUCAUCGAGGGCCCCUAUGGCGGCCACCACAGCCUCGACUCCUACGGCACCCUCGUCCUGUUUGCCGGCGGCGUCGGCAUCACCCACCAGGUCAUGUACCUCAAGCACCUGAUCAACGGGUUCCACCGCGGCACGACCGCCACCCAGCGCAUCGUGCUGAUCUGGACCGUCCCGGACAGCGAGUGCCUGGAGUGGGUGCGCCCGUGGAUGGACGAGAUCCUGCGCAUGCCGGGCCGCAAGCAAGUCCUGCGCAUCAAGCUGUUCAUCUCGCGGCCCAAGGGGCGCGUGGAGAGCAGCAGCGACACGGUGAAGAUGUUCGCGGGCCGCCCGAAGAUGGACACACUGAUGGAGGAGGAGGUGCGAGCGCGCGUGGGCGCGAUGGCGGUGACGGUGUGCGCGUCGGGCGGGAUGGCGGACGGCGUGCGCAAGGCGGUGCGGCCGUGGAUGACCGAGGGCUGCGUCGACUUCAUCGAGGAGGCUUUCACGUACUAG